GUGAAUUUUCAAUUAUAUUGUGAUAUUUUAUUCUGAUAAGUAAUUUAAUAUAUUUUAAGAGUAAUAAAAGGAUUGCAUAUAUAAAGGUGUCCGGUAUUCUACAACCAGGUGGAAUGUAUUUGCAAGUAUCAUUUACUAUUAUAACCUUCAAAAGAUAAAUAUUCAGAAUUUUAUCAACGUCGCUAUGAUAAUGAUUAACCGGCUACGUAAGUCUAAUGUUAGUGAUAAUUUAACACACACAUCGAAGAUACGUUAUUUGAUUUCGCACAGUUGAAAUAAAUGUGAAGUCUAAAGUACACUCUGAGCAAAGGUCAAAUUUUAUAUAAGCUUGUUUGCCUGGCGUUUGCAUAAGACAAUGGCUGUAAAUACUAAAUUAUUGAAAGCUUUAAUAUUAGGUGCACCUGCAUCCGGAAAGGGAACUAUUUCAUCCCGAAUUGUGAAAAAAUACAACAUAGAGCACAUAUCAAGUGGUGACAAAUUAAGGGAUCACAUAGAAAAACAAACUGAGCUCGGAAAAGAAGUCAAAAAGUACUUGAAUGAAGGUAAAUUAGUGCCAGACGAUGUUAUAAUUAAAUUUAUGAUAGCUGAAUUAAAAUUGAGUAGUGAUAAGCCAUGGUUAUUGGAUGGUUUUCCACGGACUGUUGCCCAAGCAAAUGCUUUGUGGAAAGUGCAACCUGUGGAUGUAGUUUUAAACCUAGAAGUACCAUUUGAAGUAAUAAUAGAAAGAGUGAAGAACCGCUGGGUGCAUUUACCAUCGGGCAGAGUUUAUAAUAUAGGUUUUAAUACACCGAAAGUGAUGGGGAAAGAUGAUGUAACUGGUGAGGAUUUAAUCCAGCGGCCGGAUGACAAACCUGAAGCUGUUCUUAAGCGGCUGGAAAUAUAUAAAAGUGUGACGCAGCCUGUAAUCAAUUUUUAUCAAGAUAAAGGUAUAUUAAAAAAUUUUGAAGGUCACACAUCUGAUGAAAUAUGGCCAAAGGUAACAUCAUAUUUAGAUCCAAUUUUUAAAAUUUAA